AUGAACCCCGCCCGGCGCAUCCUCAAAACCCCUCGCUCAGCCAUCACCCUCUUCAGCCGCCAGAUUGACAUUCAAACAAGCCAGCCAUUGCGCAACAUCGCAGAGCGGAGAUGUCUAUUAAACGCCCUGCAAAAGUUUGGCGAGGUCGCCACUUUUCUUCCUGACAAAGGCGGCGAUAAAUCCAAGAUAUCAGCGAUCUACGAGACGUCUGAAGCAGCUUCCAAGGCCGUUGAUGCAUCUCCAUUGACGCUUCUACUUCCUCAGCAUCCGCCGCCGACUCCGUCUCGCGUCGACACUCCGGCCCGUGAUGUACAUGUGAAUGCCAACGUUACAUGCGCCAUCAACCCAGCCACAUAUGACCACGAGAAACAAAUCGACAGAAAUCCAUGGAAUAACAUUCAUACGGGCUAUGCAUGGGAUGGGAAUAAUCCAGUGAUCAAGGAUGAUACUCGGAUACAAGAUGUGAUUGCUGCGGGGGCUCCGAGAGGUGUGUUUGCGGAUGGAGUUAUUGAUACGUCGCAUUUGCGCAGUGGGCAGGAUGAGACAGUAAAGAAUAUGGAUAAAAGGACGAAGAGUGUGGAGUUGAAGGGAAGUUUGCUGGCGUUGUUGAAGGAGUAG